AUGGCGAGAGACUAUAGAAAGAAAGGCUUGGACGCAGUAGUAGCCUCCCGCAACCUAAAGGGUGAUCUCAAAACCUCGAUCACAGAGGCAAUAAACGGCCUCUUUGGAGUCAUCGCCAUGCUCGACCCCUCCACCCCCUCCCCUCCCAAACCCCUCACGACACAGGCCACCAGUACAACAGUUACACCAACUAAAGACACCACACAACAACAACUGUUAGACAAACUCGAGGCCCACUCUCGGUUACUCGAUGAAUCGAACAAGGCCUUGCAGGAACACACCAGGGUUAUUAAGGCAUCCCCUAAACCCGCGCCGCCGGAGAUACAACCAGUGUCGGCGGACCCGCAUAAGACUCAUCAAUCCUACGCUAAGGCCGCCGCCACGCCCAAACCCCCUGCAGGGCCUUCCAUCAUCGUGUCCGGAGAGGGAGCAUGCGCAGGCGACCGUGAAGCGUCAUAUGCCAGGGUGCGUGCUGACGGGGCCGACCCGCAAAAAUGUCCCGAUAUUGCAACGCAACUAAUCACAGAAAACCCUGGUCGCCAGUUUAAGGUGAUACUAGGAGGAGGACGACGCGAAUUUUUACCAAGUCAUGUUGUGGAUGAAGAGGGAUCAAAGGGAACUAGGACCGACGGUCGCAACCUUAUAGAAGAAUGGCGGUCAGACAAGAUUGAACGUAAAGUUAUAUAUAGCUACGUUUGGAAUCGAGAGCAGCUGUUAAGCGCCAAUGCAACAAUGCCAGAAUAUCUGCUAGGUUUGUUCGAGAGCAGCCACCUGCAGUAUAACAUGCUCACCAAUCCCACAACAGAGCCUUCUCUGGCUGAACUGACCGAAGUUGCUAUACGAAUGCUACAGAGAAACGAUAAGGGUUUCUUUCUAUUUGUCGAAGGUGGACGCAUAGACCACGCCCAUCACGGCAACAAUGCGGAGCUGGCACUGGAUGAGACGAUUGAACUCAGUGCGGCGGUGUCGCGUGCGGCUGAGUUGCUGGACGAGACAGACUCGUUGCUCGUGGUAACGGCGGACCACGCCCACGUCAUGUCCUUCAAUGGUUACGCAGCACGUGGAAGAAACAUACUGGGCACGUCAAGAGCCACUGACCGACAAGGCGUGCCGUACAUGACACUCUCCUAUACCAAUGGACCUGGAUUUCGAGCUCACGUUGAACGAAAACGUGUAGACAUCACAAAGGAGGAAAAAUUCGGAUCCGUGGAGUGGAAGUCUCACGUGGACGUCCCGCUGUCGUCGGAAACGCACGGCGGCGAUGACGUUGCAGUUUUCGCGCGGGGACCGCAGCACGCUUUGUUCUCGGGCCUCUACGAACAGAAUGCUAUUCCGCACCUCAUGGCCUACGCGGCUUGCAUCGGUCCAGGCGAACAUGUCUGCAAGCAUUAGCUCAUAUUGUAUAGAUAAACUAUAAUUUUAAAAAAUAAACGCUCGAUUGUUGAAUGGAAA